AUGAAUGUUUUGUCCUCGCUUCAAAUCCUUGAUCUCAGUCAGAACUUGUUAAAAUCAUCUCCUAUGUUGUACUGGCUUUCUAACUUCACCACCAAUCUACUUAUCAUUGAUAUUAGUAGUAACUUAUUAGAAAGUCCCAUUCCGGGUGAAUUUGGGAAAGCGAUGAACUCUCUUGAAUAUCUUUCUCUCUCUAAUAACAAACUACAAGGCAAGGUUCCGUCUUUCUUUGGAAGCAUGUCCAUGGGAACCCUUGUUAAAUUGGAAGCUUUGGUUUUACGAAACAAUAGUCUAAUGGGUCAAUUGCCUUCCUCUUUGAAGAAUUGCAAUAAUUUAAUUAUGCUGGAUGAGCUUGGGGAUAGGAUUCUUCACAGGCUUUUGGGGCUUAUUAGGUCCAUUACUACUUUGGCAACCAUGGAGAAUGGCUUAUCUGACGUUAUUGAACAGACUGAUAGACUAUCUACUUGUAAUGAUUGA